AUGCUCACCUGGCCCUGCAUGGCAACAGGCAAUGGAGCUCUAGAUCCCUUCGGGAGCGGACCCACGCCUGGUUUGAGAGGCAGCGGGUGGCAGAGGAGGGAGGGCAAACUGGCAGCCCCUGGCAACCUGGGGCUGACGGCAGGAGGCUGGGCGCACCGCGGAUUUCCCUCCACCAGCAGGAUGGUGAACCUGGAGUCUGUGCACGCAGCUGUCCCCGAAGGAGAAAGUGGCCCCGGGUGUGGUGGCAGCCAUCACUUCAAGGAGAUCAAGAUGAGCGGUGAUGCGGCAGAUUCCACAGAUACUCGGCAUGAACCUGACCAGGUGGAGCCAGGCAAUGAACAGAAUGGGCUGGACUUUAACAGGCAGAUUAAAACCGAAGACCUCAGCGACUCCUUGCAAUCUACAAUCCCCCCUAGGUCAGGUCACCUUGUGCAGGGAUCAUCAAUGAUGCCUGGCAGCCAAAUCGCAGGGGAUAUGAGCUCUCUUCACACCCUGCAGCAGCUUGUAUUGCUUCCCGGUCACAUGCAGUCAGUUCCCCAGUUUCUUCUGUCUCAGUCUCAGGCUGGGCAACAAGCUUUGCAGCCAAACCUCCUCUCCUUCCCUCAGCAACAGGGCAGCCUUCUCCUCUCCCAGCCGGGACCCAGCCUGGCAUCACAGGCGGUGGGCCGUUCUGGACUCCCUGGCUCGUCAGUUGAACCCCAUUUGGAUGUACCCCAGCACUUGCAAGUGGCAAAGCACCUAACUCCAUCAGGGGCAUCUGAGGAACCCAGUGACCUGGAGGAGCUGGAAAAGUUUGCUAAGACUUUCAAACAAAGGCGGAUCAAACUGGGGUUCACGCAGGGUGACGUCGGACUUGCCAUGGGGAAGCUCUAUGGCAAUGAUUUCAGCCAGACCACCAUUUCCCGCUUUGAGGCUCUCAACCUGAGCUUUAAGAAUAUGUGCAAGCUCAAACCCCUGCUGGAGAAGUGGCUGAGUGAUGCAGAAUCUGCUCCUUUGGAUUCUUCCAUGAGCACUCCCAACUCCUACCCCUCAGUGAAUGAGAUGUUUGGACGGAAAAGAAAGAAGCGAACCAGCAUUGAGACCAACAUUCGCUCCACGCUGGAGAAAAGAUUUCAAGAUAACCCCAAGCCCAGUUCAGAGGAGAUAUCCUUGAUAGCAGAGCAGCUCUCCAUGGAAAAGGAGGUGGUUCGGGUCUGGUUCUGCAACCGGCGCCAGAAGGAAAAGCGGAUCAGCUGCCCGAUGCCAUCCCCCAUUAAAUCACCUAUCUACAAUUCCAGACUGGUCUCUACCUCAGGGUCCUUGGGGCCCCUCUCCGUCAAUCCAGUGCAUAGCACCAUGCCUGGGACUGUAACAUCAUCGUGUUCCCCAGGGAAUUCCAGCAGGCCCUCGUCCCCUGGCAGUGCACUGCAUGCCAGCAGCCCCGCCACAGCCCAGAGCAACUCCAAAGCUGCGAUGAACUCUUCUGGUUUCAACUCUUCAGGAUCUUGGUACCGAUGGAAUCAACCUACCUACCUCCACUGAGAUGACUCCUCCAUCCUGUAUAAAAGGAGCUCUGACUUCUAGCUAUGGACCAACUUCUCUAGGAACAAUGCUUGGGGCAAUAUCUGGCGUUCCGGUGCCUUCAAAACACUGCCAAAUGAAGGUCUUGUUUAAGGGAACCCACAGCAGCAGAACUCUCCAGGGACUCAAACUGCAGCCGACCUCCCCCAAGGAUUCUCAACGCCAACAGUGACAUUAUAACCCUCUUCCAGGCAUUCACUUCAAGAACGAGCCCUUGCUUAGCACUAUUAGCAUGAAACACUGCCCUCUGCUAGCAAAUCUCUGCAUUCACACUGGAUUGCCUGGCAGUCCCUAAUCUGGAAGGAUUUCUAUCAGGACCCUCUUUUCCCCUCACUCAUUUCAGAGCUUCCCAUAAGAAGGGUCUAUCAUGCUGUUACUAUCACGCACACACACCACAAACCCCCAAACUGAGCCGAGGUUACCCACUUCAUUUCACCAGAGACCUGUGUCCAGAUGUGUGAGCCUUGGUUUUCGACUGACUUCCAAGGUCAAUGGCACUGUGCUUUAUCCACUACCAAACUCGCUUUGCUUUGAGCCAUUCUGCUCUGUUUCU